CUACCUUAGCUCCGCUUUGAGUAAUUCCCACCGAUGCUUUGUAAUUGGGAGCAGACUUUCCUGUAACUUCGCCCGUGACCGUGGUGAACCUCGACAGAGCCUUCGCAUCGUCUACAACUCACUGCCACAGGUUGGUCUGACACGGAUUCCUUCAUCGCCAGCAUCGCCUCAACCGCAGCAAUGGCCGAGGUCAAGCAAUGGGUCACGUCUCAGGACGGGUUAGACAAGCUCAGGCAGUCCACUGCCGCCAUGCCCAAGCCCGGCAAGGGCGAGGUGCUGGUUGAGAUCCGCGCCGUGGCGCUCAACUUCCGCGACACUGAAGUUUCUAUGGGCUUGUACAAACACCACAAGGCCGUCACCGCCGGCGAUCCCGAACCCAUCGUACCAUGCUCCGACUCGUGUAGCAUUGUCGUCGCCGUUGGCGAGGGAGAUGUUCCAUGGAAGGUUGGUGAUCGUGUCCUCUCUACCUUCUGCCAGAGCCACGUGACGGGCCAGAUCAAGGCCAAGGACAUGACCACCGGCCUUGGCUUGCCUCUCCCCGGUGUCUUGCAAACGCACCGUGUCUUCCCUAGCCAUGGUCUGGUUAAGGCGCCCGAGUACCUGAGUGAUGAGGAGGCGGCCUGUCUGCCCAUUGCGGCUGUGACUGCUUGGUCGUCCCUCAAAGGCAUGAAGCCCCUCGGCCAGUCCGGCGCUCAGACCGAGACUGUCCUGCUUCAAGGCACGGGCGGUGUCGCCAUCAGUGGUCUGCAGAUUGCAAAGGCCAGCGGUGCCAAAGCCAUCGUGACCUCGUCGUCGGAUGAGAAGCUCAAGAAGGCCAAGGAGUUGGGCGCAGACUUCCUGAUCAACUACCGCAGCAACCCGGAGUGGCAGGACGAGGUGAUGAGGCUCACCAACGACGAGGGGGCUGAUAUCAUCCUAGAGUGCGGCGGAGCGCGCACAUUGCGCAAGUCAUUUGACUGCAUUGCCUUCGGCGGAUUGAUCAACAGCAUCGGCUACCUGUCAGGCAAGGAGGACGAGGCGGGCGACAGGAUGAACACUAAUCUCCUGGCGCUGAGGCGCAAUGUGACGCUGAAGGGCAUCAUCAACGGCGCCCGCGACAAGUUCGAGGAGAUGUGCGACUUCUACGCCAAGCACCAGAUCCAUCCCGUCGUGGAUCGUGUGUUUGCAUUCGACGAGUCAAAGGACGCGUUUCAGUAUCUGUUCAGCGGGGGGCACUUUGGAAAGGUCGUCAUCAGGGUCAAGGCGUGAUUAAACGAUACGACGGAUAGUAGCGAUAUGGCUAGCGAAUGGAAGAAAUGCAC